CUUGGCAACAGAGCCAACCACGCUCCCCGUCCAUUAUUCACGGAGGGGGAGAGAGAGAGUUUAGACGAGAGCUAAAGAAAGAUAAGGAAUCCUACACCCCCGGGCUGGGAAUGCUUGACCAUGCAUGUUGAGUGUGUGCGAGACAAAACGACGUUAAAUGCUCGAAUGCUGCGACUGCUGAGGGCGCGGAGUUAUAUUGACGAUUAUUGCGGGCCUACGGAUUUCUGACCACAGAAGGGCUUUUCGUUUGUUUCACGCCGUCUCCAAGCGAUGGUAGUAGACUAUCGGGGUGGCGUUGGUGGAAGUGGUCCCCGCAUUUACGGCACAGGUUGAGAAUGAAAGUCUGGAUGUAGCUGAUUGGAGUAACAAGAGUUGGUGAUCAGAGUGUGGAGAGGGAGGAGGGGAGAUUGUGAAGUGGGCUUUCUAUGUGUGACUCUCAAGCGGCCAUGUUAACCAAGAAACCCUGCGCUGCCGUCUACCCAACUGGCAAGGGGGGUGAGGUGGUCUGCCAGCUACAGUCUUCCCCCGGAACUGGAAUCGGGGGUCUUCGGGCCGGAGCAGGGACCGACCCGACAUCACCCGUCACCUUGCCACCCCUCAGAAACACCAACACACUAACGGCCGGAGGCAACAAGCACACGAUGACGGAGCACCUCCACACGGGCAGCCACCAGCAGAUCCACGUGCAGCAGCUGUUCGAGGAGAACAGCAACAAGCGGACGGUGCUGACCACGCAGCCCAACGGGCUGACCCCCGUGGGCCGGGCGGGGGCCCCGCUCCCCGAGAGGCCCCAGGAGAGCCGGCAGGGCAGCUCGGCCUCGCUCAAGUCCUCUGAGGGCAAGCCCAAGGCCUUCCCCAUGGCGCCCGAGCAGGCCAUGAAGCAGUACAUGUCCAAGCUGACGGCGUACGAGCACCACGAGAUCUUCAACUACCCCGAGGUCUACUUCGCCGGGCCCAACGCCAAGAAGCGGCCCGGCGUCUUGGGCGGCUCCAACAACGGCGGCUACGACGACGACCAGGGCUCCUACGUGCACGUGCCCCACGACCACGUCGCCUACCGCUACGAGGUGCUCAAGGUCAUCGGCAAGGGCAGCUUCGGCCAGGUGGUGAAGGCCUACGACCACAAGACCCACCAGCACGUGGCGCUCAAGAUGGUGCGCAACGAGAAGCGCUUCCACCGGCAGGCGGCCGAGGAGAUCCGCAUCCUGGAGCACCUGCGCAAGCAGGACAAGGACUCGGCCAUGAACGUCAUCCACAUGCUGGAGAGCUUCACCUUCCGGAGCCACAUCUGCAUGACCUUCGAGCUGCUCAGCAUGAACCUCUACGAGCUCAUCAAGAAGAACAAGUUCCAGGGCUUCAGCCUGCCGCUGGUGCGCAAGUUCGCCCACUCCAUCCUCCAGUGCCUGGAAUCGCUGCACAAGAACCGCAUCAUCCACUGCGACCUGAAGCCCGAGAACAUCCUGCUGAAGCAGCAGGGCCGCAGCGGCAUCAAGGUCAUCGACUUCGGCUCCAGCUGCUACGAGCACCAGCGCGUCUACACCUACAUCCAGUCGCGCUUCUACCGGGCGCCCGAGGUGAUCCUGGGGGCCCGCUACGGCAUGCCCAUCGACAUGUGGAGCCUGGGCUGCAUCCUGGCGGAGCUCCUGACCGGCUACCCGCUCCUCCCGGGCGAGGACGAGGGCGACCAGCUGGCCUGCGUGGUGGAGCUGCUGGGCAUGCCGUCGCAGAAGCUCCUGGACGCGUCCAAACGGGCCAAGAACUUCGUCAGCUCCAAGGGCUACCCCCGCUACUGCACCGUCACCACGCUGCCCGACGGCUCGGCGGCGCUGACCGGGGGCCGUUCCCGCCGGGGGAAGCUCCGGGGCCCGCCGGGCAGCAAGGAGUGGGUGACGGCCCUCAAGGGCUGCGACGACCCCCUCUUCCUGGACUUCCUCAAGCAGUGCCUGGAGUGGGACCCCGCCCUGCGCAUGACGCCCAGCCAGGCCCUGCGGCACCCCUGGCUGCGGAGGAGGCUGCCCAAGCCCCCGGCCGCCGACAAGGGCUCCGUCAAGCGCGUGGCGGACGGCUCCGGCGCCGUCACGUCCAUUUCCAAGUUACCUCCGACCGGAUCGGCCUCCAAGCUGAGGACUAAUUUGGCGCAGAUGACGGACGCCAACGGGAAUAUCCAGCAAAGGACAGUGUUGCCAAAAUUAGUCAGUUGA